AUGGCCCCAAUUAAGUCCAUUGAAUACUUUCGCGUCAAGCCUCGCUGGCUCUUCGUUAAGAUCACCGAUGAUCAGGGCGAGUUCGGAUGGGGCGAGGCCACACUAGAAGGGCACACGCAGGCCGUGGAGGGCGCCUUGAAUGAAAUCAUUUCCAGGGUGAUUGGAUACGAAGCAGAUGACAUUGAGCAUAUCUGGCAAACAAUCUGGCGCCUGGGCUUCUACCGCGGUGGUCCGGUCUUCAUGUCUGCUCUCUCGGGAAUUGACAUCGCGCUAUGGGAUCUUAAGGGCCGAAGGCUAGGCGUGCCCGUUUACCAGCUGCUGGGGGGCAAGGUCCGCAACAAGAUUCAAGUUUAUGCGUGGAUUGGAGGUGACAGACCUAGCGAUGUUGAAGUGGCUGCAAAAGCCCGUCUCGCACAGGGUCUGAAGUGCGUCAAGAUGAACGCCACCGAGGAUAUGAACUGGCUGGAUUCUCCCUCCAUACUGGACUCAUGCAUCGAGCGCAUCAAACAAGUCAAGGCCCUUGGCCUUGACGCUGGGCUCGAUUUCCACGGCCGUCUACACCGUCCGAUGGCCAAACAACUCGCCAAAGCACUUGAGCCGUACCGCCCCUUAUUUAUCGAGGAGCCCCUUCUCGUCGAACACCCCGAAGCGAUCAAGCAGCUCUCUCAACAAACCACCAUCCCUAUCGCUUUUGGGGAGCGCCUGUACACCAGAUGGGAUAUCAAGCGCUUCCUGGAAGACGCAUCCGUGGAUAUCCUGCAGCCGGAUAUCGCGCACGCGGGCGGAAUCUCCGAGACCAAGCGCAUUGCAACCAUGGCAGAGACGUAUGAUGUGGCUAUUGCUCCCCAUUGUCCAUUAGGACCGAUUGCGUUCGCGGCUUCCAUGCAAGUAGCCCUUUCCACGCCAAACUUUGUCAUCCAGGAGAUGUCGUUGGGAAUGCAUUACAAUGUUGAGGCGGGGGAUAUUGACCUUACCAGCUAUCUGAAUAGCCCUGGUGUUUUUGAUAUUGAGGAGGGGUAUGUGAAGGCGCCAACAGGGGCGGGUUUGGGAAUUGAGAUCAAUGAGGAAAUGGUCAGGCGGAUCAGUCGUGAGACGGAGCCUUGGUUGCCGAAGGAGUUUUAUGGAGCUGAUGGGGGGAUUCGGGAGUGGUAG